AUGCAACCCGCUAUUCAAAAUAUCAGUCAAGAUGAUGACGACGAUGAGCCCGAUGAGUGGGACAAAAGAAUAAUGAAGACUGGAUGUCACGAAGAGAAUUUGAAGUUGCAGUUAUGCCAUGCUGAUACCGGUGAUUGGAGACAGUGUUCAAAAGAGUUACAGGCGUUCAAAAAAUGCUGGGACGAGAAUAAGAAUAACGCAAGAACGAUGACCGUUGAUAAUAAUGAAACUUGA